UUGCUUUUUCAUGCACCACUUCUUUCUUUUCAUCUCGUUGUUCUAGGCGAUCUUAGCGGUGAAGAGCAAGAAUCGACUUCACUAUUUUCUUCGAAGCCCUACGCAAUUUUCAAGGGUCACACAGCUGACAUAUUGGAUCUGUCAUGGUCAAAAAAUUACUUUAUUCUGUCUUCCGGAAUGGACAGAACUGUAAAGCUGUGGCACCUGUCACGUGCCGAGUGCCUUUGUUGUUUUCAACAUGUUGACUUUGUUACCUGUGUAGCGUUUCUGCCAAAGGACGAUCGCUACUUUCUCUCUGGCUCACUUGAUGGAAAAUUACGGAUGUGGCAUAUUCCAGAUAAGAAGGUGAAAUUCAUUACGGCUUUGACUUUUGUCAAGAAUGGAAAGUUUGCUGUUGUUGGAACCUAUAACGGUCGAUGCUUCUUCUAUUCCACUGAUCAACUCAAAUACCACACUGUAGUGGAUGUACGGUCUACUCGAGGGAGAAAUGCAAAAGGUCACAAGAUUACGGGAUUAGCUGUCCAUGGAGAUAAAUUGCUAGUCACAUCAAAUGAUUCACGAAUUCGGAUGUAUGACGUCCGAGAUAAAGCUCUUACUUGCAAAUUCCGUGGUGCACAAAAUGAAAGAUCACAAAUUCGUGCAGCGUUUUCUCCCGAUGGAAGGCAUAUCGUUUGUGGUUCAGAAGACAAGUUAGUUUUUUUUUUCAUCGCAGUUGCC